AGUGACUUUGAGGCAUCAAAUUGAAGACUGUCCGCCUGCAGCUCGCCCAUUACUCAAUUCUUUUUUUAGUGGCAAAUGAUGAGUUGAUCAAACCAACCCCACUAUCCUCUCAUAAUUGGAGGAAGCUUCUUGAUGUGAUCUCGUAACGAACAGUCUAUCUAGAACUUCCACGCUCAUUCAAAGUUCCACCAUCGACGCUGUGUUUUGUCUAUUAACCGUGACUUCUACGCUGUUUAGUUCGAGGUAAAAGCGCGAAAAGUUCACUCUACUGAUUAACAGGUGAUAGAAGGUUGCAAAAUGGGCAAUUUCCGAGAAGUUUUAGGCAUCAAUGAGGUGUCUUCAUCCAAAGUGAUCAACGCCGUAUGGAAGGCUCUUUUGGCCGAAUUCCUCGGCAACUUCCUGCUGAAUUUCUUCGGAUGCGGAUCGGUGAUUGUGAUGGCUUUCAGUGCGGAACACAAGCCCAACUUCGUGUUGGUGUCGCUCACAUUCGGACUGGUUGUUUUCGUCUGUGUUCAGGCUCUUGGUCAUGUGAGCGGCGCUCACCUCAAUCCAGCCGUAACAGCGGGAAUGUUGUCUGUAGGAAACAUCAAAGUAGUGAAAGCGAUACUGUAUGUUAUAGUGCAGUGCAUUGGAGCUUUGGCUGGAUCCGCCACCCUUAAGGCCCUGUUGCCCGAAGAGUGGCACAAUUCCGGCCUGGGCUUGACAAACCUCAACCCGAAAAUCACUCCUCUGCAAGGUUUCGGCUUUGAGUUCUUCCUCGGCUUCGUCUUGGUGUUGGUGGUGAGUGGAGUAUGCGACCCGAACAGGCCGGAAGCCAAAGCUGCUGGGCCUCUAGCCAUUGGUUUGGCUGUCGCUUUGGGACACAUGGGAGCCAUCAACUUGACCGGCGCCUCCAUGAAUCCUGCCAGGAGUUUUGGGAGUGCGGUGAUUGCAGGCAUUUGGGAAAACCACUGGGUUUAUUGGGUGGGGCCAAUAGCCGGUGGAGUGGUUGCUGCCCUGAUCUACCACCACGCUCUUCGAGCGCCCACCCUAACAACUGUGAAGAUCAUCGAAAGGUAUUCCACAGUGGCAGACGAAAAAGAAUUAAGAAGACUCGAUGGAACCAAGGAAGAUAAUUUCGCUUAACGCUUGAAGAAUCUCACCCACCUUUAUACUCAUUUCCAGUGCAAUGUGUUGACUAUGAAGUACAAUUACAUAAGAAGCUUGUUAAUCCUUCCACGCAAUGGAUCAACGAUAUUUUUGCCUUGUAGUUUUAGCGUUACAAGUUAUUGUGUUCAUGCUUAAUCAUUUGAAAGCAACUAAGCUAGUUUUUGUAUUCUAUUUAUCUCUAGUGUGACUGUAUAAGCAAUGUCUAUGUAUAUAACGAAGUGUUAUUUUAUUAAUAAACGUACUAAAGCACGA